ACGGUGCGAUACGGAAUUUAGUUAAGCUAGUAAACCAGGAAGUAAACCGGAACUCCAACGACAACAAACAUCGGUCGGCAGCAUGACUUUUAUUCCUUUUUGACAUGCAAAUGAAUUGUUAUAAUUCAAUCCAUUUUAUCAGGUUUGUGAUAAUCUAAAAUUAAAACCUCUACAAAAGUUUAUUAAUUCAUUGCCCUGGAGUCAAAAUUGGCCAACCUUGAGCAUCACCUGUUGAAAGAGACUGGUAAAGGUCUAAUUCCGUAUGGUAAAAAAUGUAUCAAGAUAAAUUGUAAUGGGUGCUGGUGCAUCGAUACCAGAACUCCCAGAGGCUACUUUAGCGUCUAUCACACUAUCUAGCACGUCAGAAACCAGUAGUGGUUACCAUAGCUACACAGAAGAUAAAGACACUAUUACCAAGUUGCCAUCUAUACAACAUCAGACCAAAGUCAUGGCAAAGCGCCCUCUAGCAUCGAGACCAUCUUUGAUUAUAGGGGCCAUAACUAAGCAGCAACAAGAUAAAGAGGAGGAACUAGAGAAAAAAAAUGUACUCAAGACACCGGAACUGAGGAAGGUGUUCGAGGGAUUUGAACAAUGUAAAAAAUUUCUUACAGAUGCCUCUAAAAGAAAUGAAAAAUUUUAUGAAUCACUCAAUCACAUGCUUCAAGACAAUAUGAUUAAAAUAUUCACAAAGUUUGACAAAGAUGAGCAGCGUAUGGUGAUGGCUAAUAGAUUAGCCAGAAUCAACAUUGUCGGAGCAUUGGUUGAUUACUAUAACUUUGUGUAUGAUGACCUUGAUGUGGAUGGAAUAAACACUGGAUUUGUUGAGGAGGUGAAAGAAAAAGAGGCCCAGUAUCCGGGUGACCAUGGCUCUCUUCUGGUCCUCACAAUUCGUGAAAUACUUUGGAACUAUUCGGAUAGCAGUCAUACAUUUUCCGAGAAGAUUUCACAGACUGACUUGUUCCAUAAACUUGCACAUGAUCUAGAUAUUAUUAGAGAAGAUGAUCUUGCGGAUAUGGCGACAAUUGAAGACAUGGAUUUGUUUGCUUUUAACUCAGCUGUAGGAAUUCUACAUAACUGUGCUAGAAACCCGGACAUUGAUAAAGAGAUAUUCAGGAGACUUAAACUCACAGAGUUGCUGCAUCCAUUCUUAAAGUCUACUGUUUAUGUAAAGAUGAUAACAUUGUUGGCAUUAGGAAACAUUAUAACAGAAGAAGAGGUGUCGAAGCUUGCAGCAGAGGAAGACGUGAUUGAUUUCCUCCUUAAAGCCAUCGUCAAGGCCCUUAACUCUGCUGACAAGAAAGAGCACGGUUUUCACUUGACUGAACUAGUUGAUGGGCUGGCAGCUAUGGCUCAAAGUGACACCAAUAAAUCUAAGAUCAUGUCUAAAGAGAAUCUGCUACAAACUCUUGUCAAGAUAAUCGAGGGAAAAGUUACCACGGAGGUUCUUGCUUGCGUAAAGUUAGUUUGGGAACUGGCUUUCUUGUCCAAUAAUAAGGUCGCAAUAAAGAAAAAUAAAUUAUUAAUGACAACCUUGGAUUCACUGCGUAAAAAUGAAGACGCGGAUGUUCGGACAGCUGCAAAUAGUGCUUGGUUUGUUCUAGUUGAUAAAGAUGAGAGACUUCAUCAUGAAGAGGUCAACCAGAAAUCUUUAAAGAAGAAGUCUCCUGUUGGAGGUCAGGCUACACCAAAAGGAAAACACAUCAUGUUCAGUUACUGUUGGAGAGAUAAGGAGACUGUCCUGAAG